GAAAGCAGCUGAAGUGGACUUCUGGUGGUACAAGAUUCCUCUGCCUCUUCAGGCCCCAAGUUCUAUCAGCCCUUCUACCCGGCAGCCUGUGUUCAGGGCCUCACUAGACAGAGUGUGAGAAGGAAAAAGCUAUCUCCAUCCACAGCCAUGAAUUUCCUCCGGCGGCGCCUGUCUGACAGCAGCUUCGUGGCCAACCUGCCUAAUGGCUACAUGACAGACCUGCAGCGCCCAGAUAGCUCCACCAGCUCCCCUGCCUCCCCGGCCAUGGAGAGAAGAGCCCAGCCCCUAGCCGCCUCUUUCUCUUCCCCAGGAUCCAGCCUUUUUAGCUCCUUCUCCAGUGCUAUGAAGCCGACCUCACAGGCUCCCUCAGGUUUGAUGGAGCCUCCAGCUCCCUCCACACCUGUUGUUCAAAGGCCUAGGAUCCUACUGGUGAUUGAUGAUGCCCAUACGGACUGGGCCAAAUAUUUCCAUGGAAAGAAAGUGAAUGGAGAGAUUGAGAUUCGAGUGGAACAGGCUGAAUUCUCAGAGUUAAACCUAGCUGCCUAUGUUACUGGGGGCUGUAUGGUGGACAUACAAGUCAUGAGAAAUGGAACCAAGGUUGUGAGGUCCUUCAAGCCAGACUUCAUCCUGGUGCGCCAGCACGCCUACAGCAUGGCCCUGGGCGAAGAUUACCGCAGCCUGGUCAUCGGCCUCCAGUAUGGAGGGCUGCCCGCUGUCAACUCCCUCUACUCCGUCUACAACUUCUGCAGCAAGCCCUGGGUGUUCUCUCAGCUUAUUAAGAUCUUCCAUUUCCUGGGUCCUGAGAAGUUCCCGCUUGUGGAGCAGACAUUUUUCCCCAACCAUAAGCCAAUGGUAAGUGCCCUUGUUUGAUUCUGCUUAUCCUUGCAAUGAGGGAGCGAACACAGAUGUUGAUGUUCUUUGGGUGGAAGAGGUGGGGUCAAAGGCAUGCCCCAACCACCUUGGACCUAAGGAAGAGUGGUGAUAUUCUGUGGGAUGCCUGGGUUUUCUAGGGAAAGAGUUCUCCAGGUGAAAUUUCUGGUAGUUGUGCCAGUGCUAAUGAUGGACAGCAUUCCUUGCAGCUGUGGGAAUGGUUGGCAAAUCAGAGGACAACUUGAGCUGGCAGAGGUAGACACUGGAUAUUGAAGCCAGAGGUUAAUAAUAAAGAUAAAAGCUGUUUCAGAUGUGGGAUGUUAUUUCACUUGAGCCCCAUUCAGGACCUGGUUCAAUGUGUCUUUUUCAAUAAAAUCAGGAAUAUUUUAUUUGCACUGAUUAUCAAAGGGCAGUUUCCUUGUGUGUUCUUUAUGCCUUCCAGCUUUGGAGUACACCUGAGGUCAUCUCUACAAAGUGGUUUUGGCUUAACUCAGAGUAUGUGGCAUAGCUUCCCAUUGGGAGAAGGCCUGGAGGGGAGAGGUUAACAUUUUUUUGAACGGGGUCGAGAGCUAUCUAUCUUGCAGCUGGAACAAGCUGGGAUGGAGGAGUCCUGGAAGCUGCUCAUAGCAUGCCUGUGUGUGUGGUUGGUGAUCUUCUUAAACUAGUCAGAGCAAUGCAGGGCUGUGGCCCCAUGCUUGGCCUUGUGGGAAAUGUGAGUCUCAGGGAACAGGACAGUUAAUAGGGUGCGUUAUAGUCCCCGCUCGGGACCAUGGGCUGUUAGUGGAAUCCGAGGCUCAGGCUGCUGAGUAGAAUAGCCCUCUUGGGAGACACAAGACUUCAGGCUCUGGUGGGAGCAGCCUGACCAGCAGAGAGGUUUUCCCUUGGUUAUCUUUCCUUCUACCCUAUGCAGUGAGAGUCAUGGGAACCAGGAUGUGCUGGUUUGGAUAAGAAGGGCAGGUAGAGCACAGCCUGUUCUGAUAAAGUGUAAACACCACAGAGAAAAUUCAGGUUCUAUCAUCAAACUGGCCUGGGUUUGAAUCCCAGUUCUGCCUGUUUACUAGGUUCUAUCUUGUGCAAUUGGGCAAUGGAGUCCCUGGGUGGUGCAAAUGGUUAACGUGCUUAACUGCUAUCUGAACGGUGCGAGGUUCAAGCCCCCCGAGA